CCGUGAUGCGACCUUCAAGUAAACGCUCCUCCUUCUUUUACUAUAUAAAGUCCCUUUCCCCCUCUCCCACCUUCUCAGCGGUUCUUAGAUCUCUCAGCAGUUACGAUCGUUUCUCCUCUCGAACCGUCUUCUUCAACGCGUUUGACUCUUCCUUUUCUGCAAGCAAUGAAGCCAGGAGUAGGAUCAGGAUUGAAUCCUAACGCAGCAGCAUACGUACCACUCUCCAAAAGAGAAGGUGAUUCUGCAAAGCCUGUUGCUGCUGCCACACAUCACGUGCACCACCAACCCUAUGGUUAUGGCGGAGUCCAAGGGAAGGGAGGCGCUUACAUAAGGGAUGAUGAUGAUGAUUCGGAGAUGGAGAUGGAGUUUCUUUUGACUAGUUUCUCUGGUUUGUCAGAUGAGUCUAUUCGUGAUGUUUACUUGGCCAACAAUGGUGAUCUUGAUGCAACUAUCGAAAUGCUCACUCAACUCGAGAUUUUCAGUAAUGAAGCCGAAGAAUACCUCCCACUCCCAGACACACUGGGCAUUGCCGAUGUACCUGAUGAAACCAUAGUGCCUUCAACUUCCUCAGCUCCUCCAAAACAAAAGAGUGCCAGUAAUGAAGCAAGUGGAUCAUCAUCAUCAACAUCCUCGGGUACCACCCCAAACAACGCUCCUGUAUCAUCAUCCUCCUCCUGAUCUGAUGAGUCCCUCAAAUGUGAAGUUUUAAUGUUCCUUGGUAUGGUUUUCUUAGGAGAGGUUUCUUUCUAUAUUGUCCACAGUGCUUUGUUUCUCUGUGGAGAGAGAGAGAGAGAGAGAGAGAGUACAUUUGUAUAGAUUUGGGUUUUGAGAUUUGGAUUGUUGUUAUGGUUGGACAAAAGCUAUGAAUCAUUUUAGCCUCUC